AGAGUGCCAUGGAACUAACGUUGGCUUCGGCUACUCGGGAACGCUGGAGCUACACUACCAGCACCUCAAGAGACGCUACGCUGGCUGCACCUACAUCAUCGGCAACUUGGAGAUCACAAACCUUGUGGAUCCCAAAAUUGACUACGACCUUAGUUUCUUGAGGAUGUGCAAAGACUACCUGUACGACAACUACUGCGUGGGUUUCUGCCCGGCCAAAUCAUACCCGAAAAACCAGAACUGUGUGAAAUACGAAUAGCUUCUGCUGCUGUACAUCAUUAAAUAGCUUGUCUCCGAAAACUGUGUGUACAUUAUUGACUGGGAGCUGAGAAAGCUGUCGCUUCACGUCGCUUAAGAAGAGAAGGAAAAUAAGCAACCUUCAGAAUGAGUUGUGUCCUUUAGACAACUGCAACCAAGGGCUGAAGUAACACAGCGCAAAGAUUCUCAGUCUUCAAGAUGUUUGUAGUGUAGUGCGUAAUGAGAAUACCUAGGUGAUUCACAAAAGGUUUUUAUUUGUAACAAUCAGUGUAAUAAUUAUGCAGAGACGGUGGUGACUACAAGGAAGGAAUAGCACAAACAAGUAAUUUCUCCAAAUUCUCCAAAUCAUUUUACAAGGAAGAAUUCCUUUUCUGUUCUGGGGGCGUGGUGAUCCACGAAAUCCAGGAGUGAAAUAAGGGCAAACCGAUGCUGAACACUAGAGCUAGAUCUAAAUGUGACAAACGGCGCCAUUCGGAGAAUGGCCGAUGAUAAAGUGCACAAACCACAUUGGUCACCACACGAGAAUAUAUUUAUACAAACACGGGCAAGAUGAGAAAAAGAGAAAAAAUUGUUGUAAAGCUUUCUUCACUUCUCGUUGAUGGAGUUUUGAAG